CCGCAGAACACUGAACGCGAGGAACGCGCUUGCCAGCCAGUCUCCUUGGUUAUUAUUCUACAAACCCACCCCUCCCUCUACAUCUUCAGUGCCGAUUUUCAAGCAGCAAUGGCGCUUCUCGGACAAGCAGCGCCCGUAAAUUACGAGGAACAAGAAGCUGCAUUUGUCGACUUUCUCCAGAACUUCAAAUCCUCUUCCACAGAAGCUGCCGACCAGCUGCAGAACCUCAAUCUCAAUGGAGGCGACAAUGAAGAGUACGACAUGGUCGACGACUCGGACGAUCCUGCACCGGAUGGUUCGUCGAGGCGCAACCCCUCCAAGGCCAAAUACGUGCACAUGUUGCAAGAGGUUGCCGACAGAACGAGGACAAACAUCGUCAUAGACUUGAACGAUUUGGACGCUUGGGAGAGAGCCAACGUGGACGAUGAACACGACUUCAAGCUGGUGCAGUCCAUAGAGAAAAACGCCCACCAUUAUAUCGAGACUUUCUCACGAGCAGUGGACAAGGUCAUCCCCGCGCCAUCUAGGGAUCCCAACUUCAAGGAUGAUGUGCUUGAUAUCAUCAUGACACAGCGGUCGAAGCGAAACGAGAGAAUGCAGGAGAUGCAGGGAGGAGAAGAUGGUGCCCAGGCGCCUCCCGAGAUCAUUUUCCCGCCUGCCUUGACCCGGCGCUACGCCCUCAAUUUCAAGCCUAGAAUCCCAUCCGGCGCCAGCAGUCAACAAAACUCCAAGGCAUUGGCCGUACGCAACGUCCGAGGUGAACACUUGGGUCAUCUCAUCACCGUCCGUGGUAUCGCGACCAGGGUAUCGGAUGUAAAGCCAGCUGUUCAGGUCAACGCUUAUUCAUGCGACCGAUGUGGUUGCGAAAUCUUCCAGCCUGUCACCACGAAACAGUUCACACCAUUGGACGAAUGUCCGUCCGACGACUGCAAAAAAAACAACACCAAGGGUCAGCUAUUUCUCUCCACGCGCGCUUCAAAAUUUCUUCCGUUCCAGGAAGUGAAGAUUCAAGAGAUGGCCGACCAGGUGCCUGUUGGCCACAUUCCUAGGCAAUUGACCAUCCACUGCCACGGUUCUCUAGUACGACAAAUAAACCCUGGAGAUGUCAUUGACUGCGCUGGAAUCUUCCUUCCAACCCCUUACACAGGUUUCAAGGCUAUUCGUGCUGGUCUUCUCACCGACACAUAUCUGGAGGCACAGUACGUCUUCCAACACAAGAAAGCCUAUGACGACAUCGUGCUCGCUCAGCCCACUGUCAAGAGAAUGAACGAGCUGGAACGUACUGGUCAACUGUACGAAUAUCUCUCUAGGUCUAUUGCCCCUGAAAUCUUUGGCCAUGUCGACGUUAAGAAGGCACUGCUUUUGCAGCUCAUCGGCGGAGUGACUAAGGAGGUUGGUGAUGGUAUGCGCAUCCGUGGCGACAUCAACGUUUGCCUGAUGGGUGAUCCUGGUGUUGCCAAAUCGCAACUGUUGAAAUAUAUCACCAAGGUCGCACCCCGUGGUGUGUAUACUACAGGUCGCGGUAGCAGCGGUGUCGGUCUCACUGCAGCCGUCAUGCGAGAUCCAGUCACCGACGAAAUGGUUCUCGAGGGCGGCGCGCUCGUAUUGGCUGACAAUGGCAUGUGCUGCAUUGAUGAGUUUGACAAGAUGGACGAUAGCGAUAGAACCGCCAUCCACGAAGUCAUGGAACAGCAGACGAUUUCCAUCUCUAAAGCCGGAAUCACUACGACCCUUAACGCCCGUACCUCGAUUCUUGCGGCAGCUAAUCCCCUUUAUGGGCGAUACAAUCCUCGCAUUUCCCCUGUUGAAAACAUCAACCUCCCGGCCGCACUCUUGUCCCGUUUUGACGUUCUGUUCCUUAUUCUUGAUACCCCCUCCCGAGACUCAGACGAAGAACUGGCCCGUCACGUAACAUAUGUGCAUAUGCACAACGCCCACCCUGAAGCUCCUGGAGGAAUCGUUUUCAGUCCGGCCGAAGUACGACAAUGGGUUGCUCGCGCACGUUCGUUCCGCCCAACUGUUCCCAAGGAAGUUUCUGAUUACAUGGUUGGCGCAUACGUCCGCAUGCGACAACAGCAAAAACGUGAUGAAGGCUCCAAGAAGCAAUUCACGCACACUUCCCCUCGUACAUUGCUGGGUGUCCUUCGUCUCUCGCAGGCUCUUGCGCGUUUGCGAUUCGCGGAACAAGUCAUCACCGAGGAUAUUGACGAGGCAUUGAGGCUGGUCGAGGUCAGCAAGGCCAGUUUGUACGCCGACGAGAACCGUAGGGACGAUCACACUCCCAGCAGCAAAAUCUAUCACCUCGUCAAGGGUAUGGAGGCAAGUGGUGCGGCUGCUGUUGGUGACGGAACACGAGGUGAACUGGACCUUCGCAGAGUUCGCGAGAGAGUGUUGGCAAAGGGUUUCACCGCAGACCAGUUUGAACAAGCGAUCGAAGAAUACUCUCUAUUGGAUGUAUGGCAAACGACCGGUGAAGGCACGAGACUUGUCUUCAUUGAGGCCGGUGAUGAGGACAUGGAUGACGACAACGAUUUCUAA